AUGCUACCUCUGAGACAGUCUCUCUACACAGUCGCAGGCGCGCUGAUCCUGAACACAACUUUUCGUCUCGCCCUUCCAUCCACUCCUAAAUUCGGUCUCUUUGGGCACCCCAAGUCUCAUGCCAGGUGCAUCUUUUUCGGCACCUUCAUCUCCGAGACCAUCUUUAAAGCUUUGCCGGACACGAAAUUAAGCGCAUUCUUGUGGGUAAAGAUGGAUCAGGUGAACGCAGAUAGUACCGCGGCAUGA